AUGUUACAUGAUGACGACAGCUCUAAAGUUCCGCUCCCGGCGGAUUUAAACUUGAAUAAUUGCUCUGAUAAUUGCAUUUAUUUGCGAAAGUAAGUGAUUAUCGUGCGAUUCGACAAGUUUUAUCUGAUUUGAUCUGAUCACGGGGCCGCUAGUUACAAUUUAUUUCAACCGGCGUUCGCCGACGUAGGGCGUAAAUUUAAUGGUAGACUGUCGCGUUGUUUGACUUUUUCGAGAAUUUUCGAAGAAACGUAAAUCCGGCGGCUGCGGAAUCGUCCAAUCCCGCGUCUUUCCAGAAUAUUCCAGAUCGAGGGAGCGCGGCAGUCGACAUGUGCCGCAGUAACGUCAUGAUUGGCCAGUUUUGAAGCGAGCUUAGCAGAAGGCAGUGCCUGUUCGGUGGAGAACAUUUUCUUCGGAGCAUCGCACGCGAGCGUAUCUAUUGAGUCUUACUCGCCGUUAUUCGUUGUUACUCGUUGUUACUAGCGACUGCUCGUGAUCGUGGUAAAGUCGUGGUAACGCGACUUAUUUAAUCGAAUCGCUUAGAGUUGUGAUCGGUGUUGUCCCGGCGCAACUCCUUUCGCGGAGGACACGAGAGGUGAGAGACGUGCGAGUGCCGAAGAGUGCCAGCGAGAGCCGUUGAGAGCCGCUAAAACCUGCUCCGUCUCGUGUCAUCGGGGGAAAAAAAAGUGUCGAUUCGACCCAUCACCAACAGCCAUGGCCGCGAUGUCCGUGAUCGGGAUCGACUUUGGAAACGAGAGCUGUUACGUGGCCGUGGCUCGCGCCGGUGGCAUUGAGACCAUAGCGAACGAUUACAGUCUUCGCAAUACUCCGUCAUGUGUAGCAUUUAGUGGAAAAAAUCGAAUACUCGGAGUAGCAGCCAAGAACCAAAUGGUGACAAAUGUGAAGAAUACUAUUCAUGGUUUCAAAAGAUUAUUAGGUAGAAAAUAUAAUGAUCCGCAAGUUCAAUACGAGUCGCGGUUUCUUCCAUAUAAAAUGACUUCACAAGCUGACGGAAGCAUUGGUAUACAUGUACAAUAUCUAGGAGAAGAGCAUAUCUUUACACCUGAGCAAAUUACUGCUAUGCUCUUCACAAAAUUAAAAGAUAUUUCUGAAACAGCGCUACAAACUGCUGUUAAUGAUUGUGUCAUAUCAAUUCCUUCAUAUUUCACUCAAGCUGAACGUCAAGCGAUGUUAGAUGCUGCUAGAAUUGCAGGCCUCAAUGUUUUAAGAUUAUUUAACGAGACCACUGCUACCGCGCUUUGUUAUGGUAUUUAUAAACAGGAUUUGCCAGCGGCUGAAGCGUCUCCUAGAAACAUUGUUUUUGUGGAUUGCGGCAAUGCUAGCUUGCAAGUGAGCGUGUGUGCCUUUCAUAAAGGUAAACUUAAGAUGUUGGCAUGUACUGCUGAUCAAGUGGGUGGAAGAGAUAUCGAUGCUAUUUUGACGGAACAUUUUUGUAAGGAAUUCAAAACGCGGUAUAACAUCGACGUACAUACCAAUCCGCGAGCAUACUUGAGACUGUUAGGAGAAGCAGAGAAACUGAAGAAACAAAUGUCAGCUAAUUCAACCACUCUUCCCUUAAAUAUCGAAUGUUUUAUGGAUGAGAAGGACGUACAUGCCGAGAUGAAGCGUAACGAUAUGGAAGCACUAUGUGCUCAUCUAUUUGAACGCGUUGAAAAAACUCUUAGGCAAUGUUUAUCAGAUUCAAAAUUAAAACUGGAAGAGAUUCAUGCAGUCGAGUUGGCGGGUGGAUCUAGCCGCAUUCCCGCUAUCAAACGUUUAGUAGAGGAAGUUUUUUGUCGACCAACAUCGACGACAUUAAAUCAAGAUGAGGCGGUUGCUCGCGGUUGCGCAUUACAGUGUGCUAUGCUCAGCCCUGCUGUGCGUGUUCGCGAAUUUUCUGUUACGGAUAUACAACCAUAUCCUUUGAAAUUAACAUGGGAUGCUACUCAAGGGGAGGAAGGCGAAAUGGAAGUAUUCGGACAUAAUCAUCCAGUGCCGUUCUCAAAAAUGUUGACAUUCUAUCGUUCGAGUCCGUUCACACUAACUGCUAGUUACAGUACGCCGCCUCCAUAUUAUCCCCAAACAUAUAUUGGAACGUUCACGAUAAAAAAUGUAAAGGCUACACCAGAAGGUGAAUCAGCAAAAGUCAAAGUGAAGGUAAGAGUGAAUUUAAAUGGUAUUUUAACCAUUGCAUCAGCUUCACUCAUCGAGAAACGCGAAGCAACUCAACAAGAGAAGGAAGAAGAGGAAGCGCAUCAGCAACAGCAACAACAAAAUAAUAUGGAUGUCGAUUCACAAGCAGAUAAAAAGGAUAAAUCUGAUCAAGAUGCGCAGGCUAACGAACCUCCGGCUACAGAGGUGAGCAUGGAUAAGACACGACGGAACUCAGAUGCUGAUGAUGGUGGAAAAGGUGCUGGGGGUUCUGCCCCUUCUUACUCCUCCAGGAUUUUCUCUUGGUUCAGCUCGGGAGACGAGAAAGGCGAUGAUAAAAAUAAGAAAAAAGUUCCCAUCCGUACAAUCGAUUUACCUAUCGAAGCUAAUGUUUGCGGAUUGUCUCCACGAGAUCUUGAUGCUGCGAUAGAAAAAGAGGGUAAAAUGAUUGCUGAGGAUAAACAGGAAAAAGAACGAGUUGACGCGCGUAAUGCUUUAGAAGAAUAUGUUUAUGACUUGCGUGCUAAAUUGUCCGAAGAAGAUCAAUUAGCUACAUUUAUCACAGAAACGGACAAAGAAACACUAUGUCGUACAUUAGAUGAUACUGAAAAUUGGCUCUAUGAAGAGGGAGAAGAUUGUCAACGACAGAUUUAUUCGGAGCGAUUGACGCGCUUGAAGGCUCAAGGAGAACCAAUAAAGGAAAGGAGAUUAGAAUUUGAAGGAAGAUCUUAUGCAUUAGACGAAUUAGGAGGGGCAUUACAACUGGCUAAGAAAGGUUUAGAUCAAAUAAGAGCGUCAAGUGGAAAAGAUGAUAAAUAUUCUCAUCUAACGGAGGAAGAAAUAAAAACAAUUGAAAAAACUAUACAAGAGAAAUGGACAUGGUUAGAAGAGAAACGUAUACUACUUGCGAAUACGCUUCGUACGCAACAACCACCAGUCACUGUGGCGCAAAUCCGUGCUGAAAAACAAUCAUUGGACAGUGUGGUAUUACCUAUUCUCAAUAAGCCUAAACCUAAAGUAGAACCGCCAAAGGAGGAAAAACCAAAAGAUAAACCUGCUGAUGAACAAAAAAAUAAUCAAAAUCAAAAUGCCCAAGGUAACAAUCACAGUCAAUCCAAUCAACAGCAGCAACAGCAAGCAGAUGAUGAAAAAAUGGAUCUCGAGUAACGGUCAUCGUAACUUAUGUGUUUUAAUAAUAUUAAAUCUAUCUUAAUUGAAAUAGUAGAUAUAUCUUAUUUGGACAAAUCGCGUUUACGUCUCGAAACCGCUUGACAUGCUGUGGUCUGAUUGCACAUACGAUUGUCUUUCUGUUUCAUUUUUUUUCUUUUUUCUCUGUAACAUCUAUUAAUUUGGUGAAUUAAUUUAAUAUAUAUAUUACAGAAAUUUGUGAAACUUUACAAAUUCAGAAUUCGCGAAAGAAGUAUUCUUCUGCUUGAAAGCAAUUCGUCUUAUAACAUUCGUAUUAUUGCAAAUACGAUUAUAGUUCGGAAAAUGAAGAAACAUAAUUUAAAUUAUUAAAACUCAAAUUAUUAAAAUGUUUUUAUAUAUAAAGUCUUAAUAUCUUAAAAAGUCUUAAUAAUAUCUUUUUUUUCAAAUUUUUAAUAUUUAUGCUUCUAAAUGCAUAUAAAACUCAAUUACUCAGGAUAAAUUUUUGAAAAGGAAAGAUAUGAAAGAUUUCUAAAAUCUAUUGUCAGUAGAAAGAAUCAAUAUGUUGCAAUUUUUAAUAUAUAGAAUGAAUGCUAAAUUAGAUCUCUAAUUGACCAAAUGAAAUUAUGAAUCAGAUAACGCGUUGGCGAUCUUAUGUAUUUAAUAAUACAAUAAUUCAUUCCAACGUUUUUUUCACGACCGACAGCAAAUAUUCUGUCACAAAUUUUUUUUGUUGCAUUUACGAUACUUAAAUAAAUUAAUAUUUCACUAAUUGGAAUUGUACAAAGUCUGCUUUAAUUUUGAAAUUAACAUCUACGAAGAUGUUACAGAAAUUUGUUACAAUUCUAUUUUUUUUUUUUUUUUUUUUUUAAGUUUCAAUAUGACUUGGAUCAUUGUUUUUAGUGCAAGUCACUUUCUAGAGAAUUCUAAUUCAAUUAGAUAUAUAUCAUUGUACAUAACUUAUAGGCAUCUACACAGUGACAUAGUAUAUUUCUUUCACCAUAUUUAUAUUGCUAUAUUACUUCACAGCACUAAAAAAUUCAUUGUAGUGGAAAUUGUUCCUAGGAUGCAAGAUAAGUCCAUAUUUCAUUUUCGCGCCUAACUUUGUUCCCAUGUCGCUUUUAGCAACUAAGAAUCGCAAAUUAUUACACAUGUAUAGUUACUAUUAGCAAGAUGUAAAAAAUGUGAAAGUGUUAAAAAUAUUUUGUUUUCUGAAUGAUAAAAGUUUUACCACAUACAG